AACCACCACUACAAACUAAUAAAUGUCAGGAAAAGAUUACUCUGCUCCCACCGGAGCUCCACCAGAAUGGUCCAAUUCCAAACCAUCAGACAACUACGCACCUCCAAGUCAUCCGCCUUCCGGUCAAAGUGCCGGUGAUAGAGGCUUUGGUGGUAACCAACAGGGAUACGGAGGUCAACAGGGAUAUGGUCAACAAGGAUAUGGUGGUCAACAAGGGUACGGCGGUGGCUACCAACAACAACAGGGAUACCCCCAGCAAGGGUACGGAGGCGGCUACCCCCAACAACCACAAGGAGGAUACUAUCAACAACAACAGCCUAUGUAUGUGCAACAGCAGUCUGGUGGAUCUGGAUCUGGAGGGUGCUUGGCAGCUUGCUUGGGUGCACUUUGUAUUUGUUGUACGUUGGAUGCACUUUUCUAGGUGGUUGGCUUGCUGGCUGAAUUCAUAAUAUAAAAUAUACAUGUUGUAUGA